CCAAUCAGUGCGUCGGCACUGACCGGUUCCGGUGUUAACUGUCUACGGUCGUGACCACGGUUGUGACUGGGCUCGAUGGCUGGCGGGUGUCAAACCACAACCUCAAGAAAACCCCAGUCGUGCCGUGGCUCCCAGCAGAGCUCCCCCCCCCAACUGGUGGUGUGAAACGUCCUGCUCUGAGUGUUUUAUGAUGGACCCGCUGGUUGCUGCGAUAGACCAGGGCACGAGCUCGACGAGGUUUCUGGUGUUCAAUGCAAAAACAGCUGAACUGAUGAGUCACCACCAAGUAGAGGUCAACCAGAGUUUCCCCAAGGAGGGCUGGGUGGAGGAGGACCCCAAAGAGAUAAUGCAGUCGGUGUAUGAGUGCAUGGAGAGGACCUGUGAGAAACUCUGUCAGCUCAGCAUCAACAUCUCCAACAUAAAAGCGGUGGGGGUGACCAAUCAGAGAGAGACGACCUUGGUGUGGGACAGAGAGACAGGAGAGCCACUCUACAACGCCAUUGUUUGGCUGGACCUGCGCACACAGUCAACAGUGGAGGGUCUUAUUAACAAAGCUCCGGGCCAAAACAAGAACCACCUCAAGCACAAGACAGGCCUUCCCAUCAGCACCUACUUCAGUGCAGUGAAGCUCCGAUGGUUAAUUGACAACGUGGACGAAGUGCGACAGGCAGUGCAGGAUGAGCGCGCCAUGUUUGGCACGGUGGACUCCUGGAUCAUCUGGUGUCUGACGGGGGGGAAGAACGGGGGGGUCCACUGUACAGACGUCUCAAAUGCUAGCCGCACCAUGCUCUUCAACAUUCACAGCAUGGACUGGGAUCCUGAACUCUGCAGGUACUUUGACGUGCCGAUGGAAAUCCUCCCCAAAGUCCGUAGCUCCUCUGAAAUAUACGGCUGGAUGAAAUCCAGCUCUCUUGCAGGAGUUCCAAUCUCUGGGUGUCUUGGCGACCAAUCGGCUGCACUGGUUGGUCAGAUGUGCUUCCAGGAAGGCCAGGCCAAAAACACGUACGGGACCGGUUGCUUCCUGCUCAGAAAUACAGGUUCUAAGCCUGUGAUGUCAAACCACGGCCUGCUGACCACGGUCGCUUACAAACUGGGAAAAGAUGAGCCUGCCUGCUAUGCACUCGAAGGUUCUGUAGCCAUCGCGGGAGCAGUGGUGCGGUGGCUGAAGGACAACAUGGGCAUCGUGCAGUCUUCCUCAGAGAUCGAGAAGCUCGCAGCUGCAGCAGGCACAUCUUACGGCUGCUACUUUGUGCCGGCUUUCUCCGGGCUCUAUGCCCCCUACUGGGAGCCUAGUGCGAGAGGCAUCAUCUGUGGGCUCACUCAGUUCACCAACAGGAACCAUUUGGCCUUUGCUGCCCUGGAGGCCGUCUGCUUUCAGACCCGAGAGAUCCUUGAUGCGAUGAACCAGGACAGCGGCGUCCCUCUGACACAGCUGCAGGUGGAUGGAGGUAUGACGUCUAACAGAUUACUGAUGCAGCUGCAGGCCGACAUCCUCUGCAUACCCGUAGUGCGCCCCAGCAUGUCGGAGACCACAGCUCUGGGUGCAGCCAUGGCAGCGGGGGCAGCAGAGGGGGUGGGCGUGUGGAACCUGAGCCCCAGUCAUCUCCCCCACGUCACAUCUGAGAAAUAUCAACCUCAGAUAAACUCUGACGAGAGCGAGUUUCGCUUUGCUCGUUGGAAGAAAGCCGUCCAGAGAUCCAUGAACUGGGAGACCACGGAGCCUUGCUGCAAUGCCAAUGGUUUAGGAAAGAAGAUGAACGGCGCCCCCUGGGGGGUUCCUCUCAUCCCUUCCCCCACCAGAGCAGACUCCUAAGAUCACCAGCACUGACUGGUACAGUACCCUCAUUGGAACAUGAAAACCUACUAUGGAGUAAGACUGGAAGAGGAAAUGUGGUCAUGUGGGUGAUGCAUAGCCUGCUAGAAGUAGUAUCCCCAUGGCUGUGACAUGACUGAAAAACC